AUGACUUUCCAACUCGCUGUCGUCCCAGCCCUGAUGGGCCUUACAGCCUUCACCAUGUACCGCUAUACCAAACCAACCACAUCCAAAAACAAAUUUCAUCAAUCCAUCGACAUCGAUAGGUGUCGCUCAAUCAUAGCCGCAGAAAAACACCCCAACGGCCUUGCAAACCACCUUACACCGUAUGAAUCCCGAGCCCUCCCCAACGAGCGUCUCCAGAUCGCCUUUGGAAUCAAGAAUGCCUUCACCGGCAUGGAUGAAGAGUACGCAAAGCGCUUCGCCAAUCAUGCGAAAGAUCUUGUCAAUCUGUCGUCCACGGAGGAGUGGAAUGAGUUAUCUGGUUCCCUUCGCGAUGCGGUUAAGAUGUGGACGGAUGACCAGGAACAGAUUAGAUUGACGAGUAUGAUCCAGGCAUUAUCGUUGAGGAUGAUUCUGCCGGUGUUCUUCAAGAAUAGACUGUUCUAUGCUGAAGCGGAUGCACCUUUUGUGGAUCUCGCGGAGGCGAUUAAUCGUGUAUGGAUGGAGACGAAGAACAAAGACGACAUACUCCGGUUUGAAGACAAUGUCGAGCUGCAAGAAUGUCUUGCUACAAUCUUCCCGGACUCAAACUUCUCAGACCCGGAGGACAACCCGCUGAAUCUAAUCCUACCAGGCUUCGAGACAAUGUGGCGUGUUGUCUUCAGACUGACUCUUGAGAUCACCUUCACCACUGGUCAAAAGCACCCUGAAUGGGCGGAUAUGCUUAUUGCAUUCGCAAACAAUCCAACAACUGCACAAUUCACAGAGAUUCAUCCCGACAACAAGAGCCACAUAUCCAUAUCCCCCAAACACCUCGUCAACGAAGCCCUCCGCCUAUACCCACCCACGCGCCGCGUCUACCGCGCUUUCAAAACAUCACAAAAUGCCACCAUCGAGACUUUAUCAGCAGACAUAGAAGCCUGCCAUACAUCCGUCGAUAUAUGGGGCUCGGACGCAAUGAUAUUCAGCCCGGGUCGCUGGACGGAGCGGACAAGUCAACAGAGACAAGCUUUUCUGCCAUUCGGAAGUGGGCCAUUUGUUUGUCCUGCGAGGCUGGCUUUUGGACCGAGGGUUAUUGGGUUGCUUGUUGGGUGCUUGGUUAAGGGGUUGAGAAGGGGAGAGUGGAGGGUUGAGGGUAACGGUGUGAAUGUGGGCUUGAGUGGUGGGAGAUUGAGUAAUGAAAGGGGUGCUUAUCAUGAUAUGUAUCUAGUGAAGGUAGACUAA